AUGUCGUUUGUGUACCCUGCUCUUCCAGUUGGCGUAGACGCGAUUCGCAUUCUGAAGAUCGAGGCUGGAGAUUUCAUGAGUCCCAUCGUGGCAACACUUAGCUCAAGAUCGUUCAGCGACAGACCAAAAUACGUGGCGCUUUCCUAUACAUGGCGAAACUCGUACCCGGAAAACGCCAAUCUUCCAGUCUCUCCCAACGAUUCCAGGUCUCCGAUUCGAUCUCCCAGCCCAUCACCGGUGCGGGCAAGGAAUAGAGCGUCUACAGGACCAGAAGAAGCCGCAUCAAAAUCAAUUCAGCCACACAUGACCGACAAACUGUUUAGGUUGGGCGCCCCGACGCUGUCACCUACUCCGAUUGAGCCCAAUGAGAUUGUGCUCAACGGAGGUCCUUUCAGCAUUGGCCACAACCUGCAGCUCGCGCUGCUACACCUUCGUUCCCCAUCGCAUGCCAUCAACAUUUGGAUCGAUGCAAUUUGCAUCAACCAGGCGGACACGGAAGAGCGCAACCAUCAAGUCUCGUUGAUGUCUUUUAUAUAUACACGAGCGACGAAGGUCGUGGCAUGGCUGGGAACGAAGGACUACCCGCCUAUGACUGGUUUAUUUCGUUCCAUGUCACUUGAAUGGAAGGCAGGACAGACGCAUCAUUUUGGCGCCUCUCUUGCUGGUGUGAACCAGAUGCGAUACUCGCCGAAGCCAGAUCAAGGCACACUCGUACGCAUCUUGGAAAGCACGUAUUGGAGACGUGUAUGGAUCGUACAGGAGAUGUGUCUUCCACGCGUGCUGGUAUUCGUGUAUGGAUCCGACAUCUGGACGUAUCAGGAUUUCAAGACAUGGGCAUUGAGGCAGUCCUUGCCCUUUUCUCCAGAUGCCCCUGGAGCUGCGUCGAGACUACUGGAGAUUAGACAGCUGCGACACACCGACAUGAUGAGAUUCGAAAGUCUUGUCGAAAGAUUUGCAAAAAGCGACUGCUCCGAGCUGAGAGACAGGGUGUACGGCCUGCUUGGAUGCGCGAACGACAUUCAACCAUUUGCGGGUCGUGACAAAAGAGCAGAUACCCCGACAGCCGAGAUGGAGUUGGUCAAAUCAGACCCGCAGACAUCAUCUGAGUCCAGACGAGGCAUUGGGUUCCUGAGAGUUGAUUACAAGAGCUCGUUCUACAAAAUCUGGACUGAUGUGGUCAGUUUCGUCUACUUUCGGGCUAAGACGUUCGAACACAACGCCGACCUCCAGGAAGAUAUCGUGAAAAUCCUCAGUGGUAUUGAAAACGUAACAUUAUCACGCUCGGACCUCGAGAGGCAGCUCAGCGUUGUACGGACGGCAGGGAUCGUCCAAGGCGCGCUGGGCCAAAAUGUUGAUGGGUUGGCGAGCGACGGCGAUAUAUUGGUAGGUUCAGCAGAGAAUGGAUGUGAAACCGGCGCCUGCUAA